GCGCGCGCCUCCCGGCCCCCACUCCACCGCGUCGCGGCUCCGAGCCGCCGCCUGCCUUUUUCAGACGAACAGCGGCGGGGACCGGGUGGCACCUACCAGCAUCUGCGACCUGAGCCGCCGAAGACCAUAAUCCAACAGGGUCGGCGCCCUAGGGUCACCUGCGCGGAGGGUCCUAGCAGAGCCCGGGAGGCGAGAGGCGGCGCCGCCGCGACUCGACAGCGCGUCCCAGCACUUGGGGUUCGCUCCCACCGCACUCUGAAAAAAAACUGAAGGAGCUUGGUUCCCAGAGCCGGCUGGGUCUGUGGAGACGCUGCCAGAAUCCUCAACAGCUUGGAUCCCUGACAGUUGGAGGAACUGACAGCUGGCUGACAGAAAACGCAUCCAGCGGGAGAAAAGGCAUAAGUGAAGUAUGAAAUUUUGAAUAAUGUUUUCAGAUGCUUUGCAUUCAGAAUAGACCUCUGGGUUGGGACCCACGCUGUCAGCCAGUCCUAAAAUUCCUAAGUUCCUGAGUUGCAGGUAUUGAUUUCUGACUUUUGAAGAUGGAUGAAGGUGUAGAAAUUUCAAGUGAUGGAAAUUCCCUGAUAAAAGCAGUCCAUCUGAGCCGGCUUCGCCUCACAAGACUCCUGCUAGAAGGCGGCGCCUACAUCAAUGAGAGCAAUGACCGUGGGGAAACACCUUUAAUGAUCGCCUGUAAGACCAAACAUGUGGAUCACCAGAGUGUCAGUAAAGCCAAAAUGGUUAAAUACCUGUUAGAAAACAAUGCCGAUCCCAACAUACAGGACAAGUCUGGGAAAACCGCUUUGAUGCAUGCUUGCUUAGAGAAAGCUGGCCCUGAAGUUGUUUCCUUGCUCCUACAGAGUGGGGCCGACCUCAGCUUGCAAGACCAUUCCAGUUACUCAGCCCUGGUUUAUGCUCUCAAUUCAGAAGAUAAAGAGACCCUGAAAGUUCUCCUUGGCGCUUGCAAGGCUAAAGGAAAAGAGGUCAUUAUCAUAACAACAGCGAAAUCGCCCUCUGGCAGGCACACUACCCAGCAGUACUUAAAUAUGCCUCCUUCGGAUAUAGCUGGGUGUCAUUCCCAAGCCACCUGUGUCACUCCUUCAGAAAUAGACAUAAACACAGUCUCGAUGCCACUUUCACAUUCUUCUGAAACUGAUAUGAGAGUUUUUGGCUUUAAUGAUGUGGAGUUCUCGGGAAGCUGUGAUGAUUCCCGGGACUUGGGCUCUCCUGUGAGGAAGCCUGCUGUGGCCCUUAAUGGGCCCAAGCCACCCUGGGUCAAGAGUGCCCCCUCAUUAAUGAACAGAGUGGCCUCUUUGCAAGAGGAGCUCCAGGAUAUUACCCCAGAGGAAGAAUUAUCCUACAAAACCAAUGGGCUGGCACUUUCCAAGCGGUUCAUCACUAGGCACCAAAGUAUUGACAUAAAAGACACGGCACAUUUGCUAAGAGCCUUUGAUCAGGCCAGCUCAAGAAAGACGUCAUAUGAUGAAAUGAAUUAUCAGUCCUGUUUUUCAGAAGGAAAUCAGCAAUGCAUUGAAAUCCCUAUUGACCAGGACCCAGACUCUAACCAGACAGUAUUUGCUUCCACCUUAAGAAGUAUAGUUCAAAAAAGAAACUCAGGGGCAAACCACUACAGCUCCGAUUCCCAGCUCUCAGCUGGUCUAAUCCCUACAACUUCAGAAGAUGGCAAAGCACUUACCGGAAAGAAAAAGAUCCUCUCACCAACUCCUUCCUUGUUGUCAGGGUCCAAAGACUUGUUGGAGAAUAUCCCCCCAGGUCCCCUGAGCAGGAGGAACCAUGCAGUGUUAGAAAGGCGUGGGUCAGGAGCCUUCCCUUCAGAUCACAGUUUUCCCCAAACCAGACCAGGAUUUCUGCCACCCUUAAAUGUGAAUCCUCACCCUCCCAUCACAGAUGUCAAUGUCACCAAGAUUCCCAGCCUUCUUUCUUGUGGUCAAAAAGUGCUUAUGCCAACAGUACCUAUUUUCCCUAAAAGUAAAAAAAUGUUAAGGAGACAGUCAUUGCAAACAGAACAAAUUAAGCAGUUAGUAAAUUUUUAAGAGAUGGCUGGAAAACGUAUUUUGUUCAUAUGUCUUUAUCAGAGAAAUAUACAACUAGAGAACAAAUCUCAAAUGUUCAUCCUUUUAAAUACUGUAAUUGGUUAGUCCAUAAUGGUUAGGGGGAUCAGUAUGUGUAUCAUACGAGACACUGUGGACACAAAUACUCUAUAGUUUCUGGUUAGGGAAUUCUCUCAAAGUUACAAGUAUUUUUCUCAAAAGUUAAAAGUAUUUUUCUCUAAAGUAUUCCCCCCCCCCCCUUUCCACUUUCUCUAAAAAGCAAAGGAAAAAAUAUGCUCCAUUAUUUGGGUGAGGAUUAACUAAAAAAAAAAGUCUAAAAGAAAAUACCCACAGCUUUUAAAUGUUCUAUAAUCUAUAAGCUUAAACUACAAAGAAAGGAUGAACUGAUUCUUUAAAAAUGUUGCCCAGGCCGGUGUGGCUCAGUGGUUGAGCAUCGACCUAUAAACCAGGAGGUCAUGGUUCCAUUCCCAAUCAGGGCACAUGCCCAGGUUGCGGGCUCAAUCCCCAGUGUGGGGUGUGCAGGAGGCAGCCAAUCAAUGAUUCUUAUUGAUGUUUCUCUUCCUCUCUCUGAAAUCAAUAAAAUAUAUAUAAUGUUGACUGCAGGUAGAUGAAAAUCUAGUUAAAAUUUUAAUGGUCAAUCAUUAUAGUAGACAGAGAAACUAAUGUUCCUGUUGUUAGCUUCAUCAGUGUUAAAUGAUAGGUAAGUUUUACAUGGUAGUAAUAAUCUAUGCCAAGUGUUUAUGUGCUGUUUUUUGCUUUGCUUUGUUUUUUUAAACAUUUAAACAAAAAUGUUAUGGAAUUCUUCAUUUUCCAUACCUUUAAUUCCUGUUAAUUUUUUUGAAGUUUAUCCAUACGUUCCCAAUGAAAAUAUAUUUUAAAGUUAAAAAACAUUCCUCUUUACUUAUUUUUGUCUUUCUAAAAACAAUCCCAAAAAUAUCCCAAAAGUUUGAGGUUCAUCACAAAUAGAAACUAACUGCUUGCUUUAUUUUAUUUAAAAAAAAAAAAAGAAACCACCUGAUUAUUAGCUUAGGUGAGCUAAAGUUAAGAAAGUCAGUAGAAACUUAAUUAUAAAAUGUACUAAAUAGUCAAUAUUAAACAAUGUCUUUAUUUCUAAUAUAUAAUUAUUAGACAUUUCUAUAAUAAGGAUGUAUAAGGAUAAUUUCCUUAGUAUGACAUUCCAAAAAUGUAGUAUUGUAUGACCUGUGAAUACUGUGAAUAAUUUUUAACAAAAUAAAUGAAAACCAUGCUACUAUUAUAAAAUGACUACAUUAUCUAUAAAAUUUCAAAAUAUGGUGUUUAUACAAAAAAAUCUUUAU